CAACGCCGACAAUGAGAGUGGAGAUUUUUCUGCACAAAGAGUAGGAAACCUAAAUAAAAAGUUGCAGUAAGUAUAAAUAUGGAUCUGAACCUGAAGCCGUCCUUGGCUGCCGACGAAAUGUUUUCCGAAGGCCCCGGCUACAUGGAGAUGGACGAGUCCGGCGGAGCUACAGGAAUGAUGAUGGACCAUCUGCCCUCGAACGAUAAGCACGUCCACUCCGACUUCUACAAUGAUUUUGACGAUCUGUUCGACGAUGACAACUGGGCCAAGAUGAAAUCCGAUCCCAAACAGUAGUCUGCACAGGAUAACCACAUUGUAAUCAGCGGAUUGAAAGAUCAGCGACUGCAGUUUGUUCUUCUUUCUGUUUUACUUUCACAAUCAUCUGCGAUUUUCGGUGUAUAAAAAAUUGAUUCAACUAUUGUUUAAUCGCUAUAUUAUAUUCAUUUGGUUCGUAUAACUAACGUAAAUUGCCAUGUGAAGAUAGUGCCGAGGUGGAUUGAACUUUGGCGUAGCGUAAAAUCAACAAAAUGCAUAAUUUUGUACAGAAAA